UAAUUUCCAGGUCUCUGAGGAACAGGAUAGCUACCAGAGUGGAUAUACUCUGCACUUUCAAGAAGGACUCCUCCAAUCAUGUCCUGGACAAAAAGGUGGUUUACUGGGAGCUGACUGAGCAGCUCUGUAGAAGAAAGCUAAAACACCUGGUUAUAGACAAUGAUAGCCUCAUUGUCAAUGGGUAUCAACAUAAGCUGCCAGGAAUCAGAUCAACAAAGAGAAGUGAGGUUGGUGUAGGAGCUGUCAACCAUAUCCCCGACCAUGGAGCACCAGGAGACAUCAAGACAUCACUGACUAGUGGCCUCCUGAUUCGUGAAUCCAUUGUAUAUUCUAUAGGAUUCCCUACUGAGACUUCAGGGACACUGAAGAAAGUGAGUGGAUCUCACCAGGGAAGAGAACCAACAGACUCCACCAGUAUCCCUAUGACUGGCUUUAAGGGGAGAAAUUCCAUUACAGACACUGAAAGAGACAUAUGUGUCAUGGAGACAACUCUAAGAGCCACAGGUACUCAAGCCCCACUUCUCACUGUGCACACUGGAGCAGGUGACCUCAUCCCUGGGAUGCACAGGAGAACUGUGUCCUCUCCCACUUCACCCUCAGCUCCAAGUGAGAUAUCCUCUGGAGUCACCAUUGCCAUUGCAAGGCCCUCACUCUCCAUGACUCCAGUAGAACCCACAGCUAGCCCUGGCUCCAGUGGUCCCUUGAACAUCAGCCUAUCUGGGACAAUUUUUUCUACACCCCUUGCACAAACACCUAUAGCUGAAAUAGCUCCUGGAGAGAGUUCCAGCACCCCCCCUUCUCUAUGGUCCACUUCAGUUGAUUCUUUCAAUACUGUUGGCUCAGCCCCAGGAACUGAAAUCACCUCCAUUGUGCCUCUAUAUUCACUUCCAGCAGCCUCAAGUGCCACAGAAACCACACCAAAUCCUGAUUUGUCAGUGAGACCUAUCACACUAGGGCCAGGCUCAGCUGCCCUAACUUCCACUGCUCCCACCAUCAUUCCAACACCAUCUGAGGAAGACAUAAACACCUCACUGGUGUCUAUAGAAGGACCAACAGAAGAUAAAACAGCGUCCAGCACCUUCCCAGCAAAUGCAGACACCCCUGGUAUCACUCACAGGGAGCACUUCUUCACAGGUCCUGGAGUAACUUUUCAACCUGACAUGGCCUCUACUUCUCUGCCCAAUUUAUGUGAAGGGAUCAGUUAUUCCAGAAAUAUCCCCUCACCCUCUUUAGGGAGUAGGAAAAGCACUGCCAUGAUUGGAGUCUGGACAAGCCCAGCUGAACCUCACACUGUGGAGCCUAAGAAGCCCACCCCUGCUGAGGGUUCCCUCUGUAUUGGACCAGUGACUGAAUUUAGCAGCAGGGAAAGUGGACAUAUAAAGAAUAGCUUGGCCUCUGCUGUGACCCUUAACUCUCCACUACCAAGCCCCAUUGCUUCUAGCAGCAUGGAUGUAGACUCAGAAAUGGCGUUAGGAUUAUCUCUCUGGACAGACAGCUCCUCAUCACAAGUAGAAGUCAGUUUUCCUGAUCUGGUUUCCACCACAGGAGAUGGACCCUCCCUGGGAACAGAACCUCACAAUCCCAUCCACGAAUCUCUGAGCCCAUGGCCAGGCUCCUUUCCUGCCUUAAGUACUCCCACAGCCUGCACAAGAACAGCUUCCCUUGACACUGCUACUUCAUUGGAGGACCCAGGGCCAGCCAGCCUGACUCCAGAGACUGAGAGAAAACCACAGGCAACACCAACUCCAGUUAUCACCCUGCCUCCAGCCAGCACACAGGAAGUUUGCACAACAGCAUCUCCCAGUCCUUCUGACACAACCACAGAGGGCAACAGUGUCAAGUCAGGGACAACCUCUGUUUCUGAUCAAGUGCCUUCCACUUCCAGCCUCUUCCUAAGUAGUGAUGCUGGUGUGGUGCCAGUCACACAUGCCCAAGGCCAUGAAGCACCAGGAAGCACAGGAGCACUGAUGAGGAGCCCCCUGACAUCUAUGUGUUCUAUUAUGCCCACAGAAUUAAGCACAAGUCUGGCUUCCAGUAUGAACAUUUUUGACACCUAUUUGCCUGAUGAUACCAUUGCCCCAUCCGAUGACUCUUCAGAGUCCACAGUGACUUCAGGUCAGUAGAAGCCUUCCUUUUGCUUUCACUCUGUGAUAAACUCUUUUUUCCCAGGUUAUCAUUUUCCUCUUUUAUGGGCUCUCAGUUUCACCAUGAUGAUUUGUACUGCUUUUCCUUCCUCUCAUAUACUUAGGACAUAAUUCUUGUCAAUAAAUUUCAAUCCUCUCUGGUGCUUUAUUUGGACCAUUUCUUUGAGUUUUCAUGUGUUCUCUGUUAAAACACUCUUUUCCUUUGGAGAACUUACAGAAUCAAAAACCUGUCCCUUGCUUAUUUCAAGGCAUAAAGCUUGAUUAGUAAACAUCUGCAGUCUGGUCACAUCAGCCAGUCUAUCAGGGCCACAGUUCAUAAGGUUUUGAGGCAGUGUCUUGCCCAGAUGACAGCUAACUGGGGGGGGGUGUAGUGUUAGAAUCAGAAACAAGGUAAUUAAGUACUGAUAUAUAAAUAAGUUUGCACAGUAAUCUGGCAAAUCUUUAGGUCUCAUGCAAGAGUGACAGAUAAUAACCAAGAAUCUGGAACAUGGGGCAUCUAGGGGAAAUUCUUUGGCUGGCUGUUGAGGACACUGGGGGUACUGGAAGUCAGUUGGAUUUGGGGUAUGGACCUGGUCCAGACUGCUUUGGGGUUUGUGCUGUGUGUCUCAUCUGAGCUGGAAGGAUUUGACCUUGGUUUGUCCUCAUGAUUCAAUAUUUUGUAGGAAAGAACAUUACUGAUUGCUAGAAAAGACCCUUCUAGUGACAACAAAGUCCUUGAGCUGGUUUUGAGGACUUUGUGAACCUUUCCUAGGCUGUCUCUGGUCUGAAAGGGAUCCUGACUACCUCCAAAGGUUUUCUGGUUCCUUACUAUUGAUAUCAUCAACUCUGAGUAGGAAUACUUCAAGGAAGAGGCAGUAGGAGGAUGCAGACUUUGGGUGUGCAGGCAUUUUGAGGUUUCACCUCACUGCCAAGCCAGUUGGUAGGCCCUGACAUCUUUGGGUUUACCAGGUGUCACUGUGUAGAGGCAAGGUUUUAUAUAUUUUAGGAAAUAAGUGUUCUUAGUGACAGACUAGUGUUUUUUGGAUUAGUUAGCUGGUAAGGAGAGCUUUAGG